GCUUCUCUGGUUUUCUGUAGUUGAUGGGAGUAGAUAGAGAAGAUUCCGGGGGGGAGGGGUUCUUAAAGUCUAGAGGGAUCUGACCAAUCUAUCCAGAGUCCAAAGUUUCCAUAAAUGGAAAUUUGGAUCCGUUCUUCAUCUCCAGAUCUGAGCACAUAUUCCGUUGUACUGCUCCAUAGAUCAUCCGUUAAGCCCUCUAAUUUACUCCAGGGGUGCUAGCUAUUUGUUUACCCCUUCCCUGUACAAAAUUUUACAGACAAUUGAAGGGUAAUUUAGUUUCUUAACCAUGGAAGGCGGUCCAUUGAAACUUGUAAGCCUCGUCGAGAGGUCAUUCCAUAUCGGGGAAGGAGCUGAAUUAGUUGAAAAAUGAUAGGUUAUGUGAUUUUGGAGGGGUUGAAAAGUUACUAUUACGACUACUACUCGGAUAGGAGAAUUGAUGGAGGAGAUGUCUUCCCCGGUUGCAGUGCCAUUUGGAUUAGGUAAUUCAAUUUGUGAAAGCUCGGCGAUAGCAACUCACAUGGAAAUCACCCGACUCAAAAUGAUAACGGACACGGCUUGCUUAUUGUCAGAUCCUGCAACCGACUUAUAUGCUGAGUCUGUUUCUGCAAUGGAUGAAGGUUGUGGUGGCAAUAGUACAGGGAGUGAAGGUGGUGCCAUAACCUUGUCAGUGCCCAAAGAAAGUGAAGUUACUUUGUUAGAGAUGACUCCCGAACAUGGAAGUAGCUGGGUUUCAAGUGAUGUAAUUCAGGAACAUGAGGAAGAUAAUUUGUUCUCUGUGGGGGGUGACCAGAUAGUAGAUAGUACUUGUUCUCUUUCUCUAGCUAGUCGUAGCAGUAGCAUUGGUGGUGAAGAAGAACUCUUAGCUUUGGAGACUGCAAAUGAGUUGAGCACACCAGUUUCUAUUAACAUCGACUCUGUUCAAAUUAUCAUGAAAGACAAUGAUUUUGGGGGGCCAAAUAUUGACCAGAAGCCUGUGGGUGAUAUUCUUGCUGUGCCGAUGGGCCUAGAGGCAGAGGUUGGUGAUGGAUCUGACCCAAAAGAAAUAGCAUUGGCUCUAAUGCCUAGGGAGAAGAGGAAUGGUGGAACACGCAGUCGUAGUAUUUUUGAAUUGGAUUAUGUACCACUUUGGGGAUUCAGUUCUCUAUGUGGAAGGAGGGAUGAGAUGGAAGAUGCUGUUGCUGUUAUACCACAAUUUCUGAAGAUUCCCAUUUCACUGCUAGUUGGUGAUCAUGUAUUGGAUGGCAUGAACCAAACUAUUACUCACACAACAGCUCAUUUUUUUGGAGUUUAUGAUGGCCAUGGUGGAUCUCAGGUUGCUAACUAUUGUCGAGAUCGACUCCAUUUGGCUUUAAUUGAGGAGAUAGCAAUGGUGAAAGAAGGCUUGGGUGAUGCCAGUGUUAGGAAUAAUGGGCAAUUGCAAUGGGAAAGAGCUUUGACUAACUGCUUUCAGAAAGUUGAUGAUGAGGUCGGGGGAAGAGUUCACAGAAGUGGUGUUGAAGGCCAGGAUGAUUCCUCUGAGGCUACUACCGAUCCUGUUGCCCCAGAAACUGUUGGUUCUACUGCUGUGGUUGCUGUUAUUUGUUCAUCCCAUAUCAUAAUUGCAAACUGCGGUGAUUCAAGAGUGGUCCUUUGUCGUGGAAAAGAGCCUGUGCCAUUGUCAGUUGAUCAUAAACCGAAUAGAGAAGAUGAAUUGGAAAGAAUUGAAGCAGCUAGCGGCAAAGUCAUACAGUGGAAUGGAUACCGUGUGUUUGGUGUUCUAGCAAUGUCUAGGUCGAUUGGUGAUAGAUAUUUGAAACCAUGGAUCAUUGCACAACCAGAGGUUAAGCUUGUUCCUCGAGCUAAGGAAGAUGAGUGCCUUAUUCUAGCCAGUGAUGGGUUAUGGGACGUCAUGACAAAUGAGGAAGUGUGUGAAGUGGCUCGAAGACGUAUCCUAUUAUGGCACAAAAGGAACGGUGUGACACCUCCUACAGAAAGGGACAAUGGAGUUGACCCUGCUGCGCAAGCCGCUGCGGAAUACUUAGCAAAGCUUGCUCACCACAAGGGAAGCAAGGACAACAUCACUGUUGUUGUGGUGGACUUGAAAGCCCAAAGGAAGUUCAAGAGCAAAACCUGAUGGUAUGUUCAUCCAUAACAUGCUUUUUGCUCCAGAACUGUAUGAUAUGAAAUUGCAUCUAGUUGGCAUGGUUGCUUCCAUUAAUGCAUACUCCGAGCCCUUCUGUUUUUUAAAUGGGCGUACCAGUAUAGCAUUCUUUAUGUACCAUAGAAUCUGCACUAUACUGAAAUACCUUGUGUUGAAGUCUUUUGUCACACAAGAAGCCAAGUUCUGGCUUUGUAAAUUGAACAGUUGUAGGGUUAAGAGGUGGGAGAAAGUUCCUUCCCAAAGCUGAAUUCUGCUUGAUUGUGUUU